AUGCGCUCCCCCUGCUUGGCGAGCCGAGGUUGCUUCCUCGGACCUGGAGGGGCCGGGCUGGCGGGCGCGCGCCUGAGGCUGCUGCUGCUGCUGCCGGGGCUCUUGGAGCGGGUGAGUGACGGGCGCGCGCGCGCGAGGCGGCGGCGGCGCGGGAGGAGAAGGAGCGCGCGCGAGGCACCGGCGGGCCGGAGCUGGAGCCUCCCGGGGCCGGGAGACGAGCCGGGGGCGGACUGGGGUGGGGGGGCUGCCUCCCAUCCUCUGGCCCAGGAGGAGGAGGGGGCGGACGGGCCUCCCGGGGCCGCGCGCGGGGCUCCCUCCUGCUCCGGGGCAGGCGCGCUCUGCGUGUGCUCAGAGGCAGGCGCUUGGCGGAGAAGCGAGGGAGCGCCCUCCCGGGGGAGCCCCCGUCCAGCCCCCCAUCCCGGACUUGCGCUCCGCCAGGUGCCUUUGCCGCUGGGAGAUUCCCCGCAGGCGGGACUCGCUCCCGGGGCGCCUGCAGCGCGCGGCCUGCGCUUUUGGAGAGCGCCGGCUCCAGCUUCGCGCAUUGCGCUCUGCCGUGGCAACCUGUCUCCCUUUCUCUUGCUCAGCCAGCCAUGCCGAGGUCUGCCCGGGGUCCACCCCAAAGGCCAGGCGAGCCACCCGCCGUGGGGCAGGAUCUGAAUCCAGGCCCCGGGGCACCGCGGGCAGAGGGCAUCUGGGGCAGGCGCUGCGGGGGCACCCGGAAGCCUGGAGGCCGGGCGCGCAGGGGGGGAUUUGCCAGGAGCCAUUUCCCUGAGCAGGAGGGAUGCAGAUGUUUCUGGAUGGGAUGGAUGGAGCCGCCAGGGACACACCUUGCUGUGGGCGCGGGUGAUGCCAACACCUUCCCUCGCUUCCUGGGCAGGGCUGGGCGCCCGCUAGGAAGGUGCUGCUCGCCGUUGCAUAACCUUGGAGGUGGGGGGGGGCACUGCAUUCCCAGGAAGGAAAGAUCCAGCCUGCAGCCCGCAUCCUCACCAGGGAGGAAUUCUCCAGGGGUGGCUCAUUCCUGGCACUCCCUCCCACCUCCCUGGAGGGCCUGCAUUGCCUUGCAAGCCGUGCCAGCCUGUUCAGGCGGCACCCCUCUUGGGGGCGAGAGGGAGGAGUUCCUGGAUCCCUGCCCUGGGUCUGUCUGGGCACUGUGCAGCGCCAGAACCUCAGCCCACCGGCAGCGCUCACCUUUUGCUCCUGAUAGUGGAAGGUUCGGGAAGGACGAAAGAAAGUCUGUCUUCACACAGCAGAUAACUGACCUGUGGAACUCCCUCCCACAGUGAUGACCACCAGCUUGGAUGGCUCUCAAAGAGGGUUAGGACAAUUGAUGGUGGGGGUGGCUGAGUGCCUCUGAAUCCCGGCUGCGGGAGAGUUGCUCUGGUACUCGGAUUCUGCUCGUGGUUUCCCAAUAAGGGCAUCUCGUUGGCCCCUGUGGGAACAGGAGGCUAAACUAGGUGGGCGACUGGCCUGAUCCAGCUGCUCUUGCAUUUGAGGCGGCCGCCACAUCCCAUGACACCAGUCCGGAAGACCCAACUGCUCUCUGCUUUUCCUUUCGUUUGUGGACAUGAAACCAAGAGCAAGGAAGGUGGCUGUGCCUUUGGUCAGGCCAGACUCUGGGUUGGCAACAUGGCACUUCUGAGGGUUCCUGGCCUGCAGUUCCCAUCAUCCUCAUCCCUCCUGGUUUCUGCCUGCGGGCAGCCCCUUGGCCCUUCCUCCGCUGACCCAGAGCUCCAUCCACCCCACUCUGGACACCCCACUCUGCUGCUGCCUUUGGGCCUGCCAUUCUCUUCUCCUCACUCCACUGGGGACUGCAUUGCAGGGGGUUGGACUAGAUGGUGCCUGGGGGUCCCUUACAAUUCUGUGAUUCACAGGAGGUUUCUAGCAGAGUUCGGAUGGGCGUCUGUUGCAUAGCUGUCAACUUUUCCCUUUUCUUGCGAGGAAUCCUAUUCAGAAUAAGGGAAUUUCCCUUUAAAAAAGGAAAACGUUGACAGCUAUGGUCUGUUGGGGAUUCUUCAGCUGCGAUUCCUGCAUUGCAGGGGGUUGGGCUACAAUUCUUCAUUUUUGUGGGUGCCUCUAAGCAUGUGCAGAGUGGCAGCCUCUUGGCAGAGCCCGGUCCAUUGUUUCAGAAACGAAGCUGCCCUUCCGUUUCCACUCAAUUCUGGCCUUUCCGGCAGGCGCCUUAUUCACCUCCUGAGUUCAUUACCUGCUUUUCCCACACUCAGAAGGGGCAGCAGCCAAAACCCCAGUCGGAGCCAAAAGAGAGAGAGAGAGGCGAGGAAGAGCAGAACGGGCACCAAACCAGAACCAGACACAGGGCAGAACCAAGCAGAGGCUGGCUGGGAAAUCCAGUUGGUGCCAAACCCUUCUCCAACCAAGCCCAGCAGCGAGGCAGAUCUUUGCCCCUCCUCAGGUGGGAGAGCCUUGGGGCUGGUUUGCAGGCUCCGUUGUUUGUUUCUUGAGGAGGCAGGCCCUCCAGGCGUGUGUGUUUUCCUGCUGCAUUUAUGUCUCCCCCCUUUCUCUACGGAGCCCAAGGUGGCGUACGUGCUUCUCCUCUCCCUCCUCGUUUAAUUCCCACAACAACCCCGUGUUGGGCUGAGACUGAGUGACCGGCCCCCAAGGUCGUCCUUCCUGGCUGAGUGGGCAGAUUUGGACCCUCGUGUAUCCUUGGUCGCAGAACCAUAGAAUCGUAGAGUUGGAAGGUUCUGCAAUGCAGAAAUGUUUCCUGGGCUGACACUCCCGUAGAAUUCUCUCUCUUAUAUUUCAUCUACACCAUCGGAAUGAAUUCUGGAACCAAAAUGCUUUUUCUGUGAAGCCUGAGCAGGAGCAGCAAACAAUUAUGACUGAUAGUUGUCGCUUGCCUCUGCUUCCCCCAUUUCACAAUUGUGAAGAAUAUUCGUGUGAUAUGAAUGGUCUGUGUCACCAUUAAGAAAAAGAGGUUGGAACUGGUCGAUUCGUUCCGGAGGUCCGUUCUUAACCUGAAACUGUUCUUAACCUGAAGCACCACUUUAGCUAAUGGGGCGUCCCGCUGCCACCGCGCCGCCGGAGCACAAUUUCUGUUCUCAUCCUGAAGCAAAGUUCUUACUUCUGGGUUAGCGGAGUCUGAAGCUUCUGUAACCACUGUAUCGGUAGACUGUCCCUGGAUCAAGGGACAUUCCUUCUUUAAGUUUUCAAAAUUCUUAACCCAUCUCAAGGUUGUCCUCUGAACUAGCCAGAUGUUUCCCUGAGAAUCAAUCACAGUCAGUCCAAAAUUUGAAAAAUAAUACUUCAGAGCUGUCCGGCCCCAAAAUGGCAACUAGACGUUCCAUUUUGGCGACUGCUGCCUCAGUUUAAGGAGCCCUUUGGCCCCUAGCUUAUACAUCUGAGUUCCCAACACUGCUAGCCACCAUGGACAGCCUUCUCCUCCUCUAUCAGCUUCCCCCCGUGUCCUCUUUAACGCCAAAGCACCUUCCUUCCUUUGCCUAUUUGCUGUGUUUGGGCUCUUUGGCCAAAAAGGCCCCCAGAGCAGUUGACAUCCUAUUAGGAGAAAGAAGAGACAGAUGCAGGCUGGCAGUAUGAAGGACGUGGCACCCCAAAGAGGACUUUAGGGCCCCCAAAUGGCAACCAGAACUAGACCUUCUGUUUUGGCGACAGCAGCAUUGGUUUAAGGAGCCGUUUGGUGCCCAGCUGAUGUGUCUGGGUCCAGCUCUCCUGUUCUCACAAGGCCUCUCUGGGAAAUCGGCAAGCCAGGAUCUGAGCACAAGAGCAACUCUCCCCUCCUGGGGUUUCCAGCAGCCCAUAUUCAGGGGAACAGUGGUACCUUGAGUUACGAAUGCCUCGGGUUACGAACGCCUCAGGUUACAAACUCUGCUAACCUGGAAGAGUUACCUCGAGUUGAAAACUUUGCCCCAGGAUGAGAACGGAAAUCGUGUGCCGGCGGCACAGGAGCAGGAGGCCCCAUUAGCAAAAAGAUGCCUCUUAUUAAGAACAGUUUCAUGUUAAGAACGGACCUCCAGAAAGAAUUAAGUUCGUAAGUAGAGGUACCUGUGUAUUUGUGGAGGCAGAGCAGAGCCCGGGUGGCCAGCAGCCAAGAGGCCAGAGGGGCCUGUCCUGGCAGGAAUAGUCCCGGCUUGGCAGCUAGAUUUCUCUCUGCGGUGAAACAGGCCGGCAGUGGCUGUCAGCAGAGUUCCUGAGGCUCAUUGUGUCGGAGUAAUUAGUGGGUUUUGUUCUCGGCUCCUUGCGCUCCCCGGGGUGGGGAGGGGGCCUGGGUGAACAGGUCCAGGGCUGCGUAAUUGCAGGCGCUGCCCCACCCACCUGGGAAGCAGCCGAGGAGAACCUUGCGGUGUUUUCGGGGCUUCCUUUGCAAGAUCCUCAUCUCUGCUUUCUCACGCUCAGGGGGAAGGGCCUGCUGCGGGCCUGCCAUCUUGGGAGGGGGCCGGGCGGCCGCUUAUGGAACCGUCCCAUUUGUAAGCGUUAGAAGAGUGACUAGUGGGGUGCCACAGGGUUCUGUCUUGGGCCCGGUCUUAUUCAACAUCUUUAUCAACGACUUGGAUGAUGGACUCAAGGGCAUCCUGAUCAAAUUUGCAGAUGACACCAAAUUGGGAGGGGUGGCUAACACCCCAGAGGACAGGAUCACACUUCAAAACGACCUUGACAGAUUGGAGAACUGGGCCAAAACAAACAAGAUGAAUUUUAACAGGGAGAAAUGUAAAGUAUUGCACUUGGGCAAAAAAAUGAGAGGCACAAAUACAAGAUGGGGGACACCUGGCUUGAGAGCAGUACAUGUGAAAAGGAUCUAGGAGUCUUGGUUGACCACAAACUUGACAUGAGCCAACAGUGUGACGCGGCAGCUAAAAAAGCCAAUGCAAUUCUGGGCUGCAUCAAUAGGAGUAUAGCAUCUAGAUCAAGGGAAGUAAUAGUGCCACUGUAUUCUGCUCUGGUCAGACCUCACCUGGAGUACUGUGUCCAGUUCUGGGCACCACAGUUCAAGAAGGACACUGACAAACUGGAACGUGUCCAGAGGAGGGCAACCAAAAUGGUCAAAGGCCUGGAAACGAUGCCUUAUGAGGAACGGCUAAGGAAGCUGGGCAUGUUUAGCCUGGAGAAGAGGAGGUUAAGGGGUGAUAUGAUAGCCAUGUUCAAAUACAGAAAAGGAUGUCACAUAGAGGAGGGAGAAAGGUUGUUUUCUGCUGCUCCAGAGAAGCGGACACGGAGCAAUGGAUCCAAACUACAAGAAAGAAGAUUCCACCUAAACAUUAGGAAGAACUUCCUGACAGUAAGAGCUGUUCGACAGUGGAAUUUGCUGCCAAGGAGUGUGGUGGAGUCUCCUUCUUUGGAGGUCUUUAAGCAGAGGCUUGACAACCAUAUGUCAGGAGUGCUCUGAUGGUGUUUCCUGCUUGGCAGGGGUUGGACUCGAUGGCCCUUGUGGUCUCUUCCAACUCUAUGAUUCUAUGAUUCUAUGAUUCUAAGGGGACCCCCAAGGGCCAUCUAGUUCAACUCCUUCAAUUCUGGAGCCGCAGCCAAAGAAUCCCUGCUUAAAAACCUCCAAGGAAGGAGAGAGCGUCUUUUGAGAGAGUCCGCUCCACAGCCAAAUAAAUAAUAAUAGUAAUAAUAAUUUAUUAUUUAUACCCCGCCCAUCUGGCUGGGUUUCCCCAGCCACUCUGUAUGGCUUCCAAAAGAAUAUUAAAAUACUGUGGUCUGUUAAACAUUAAAAGCUUCCCUAAAGAGGGCUGCCUUCAGAUGUCUUCUAAAAGUCUGGUAGUUGUUCUUCUCUUUGACAUCCGGUGGGAGGGUGUUCCACAGGGCGGGCACCACCACCAAGAAGGCCCUCUGCCUGGUUCCCUGUAGCUUUGCUUCUUGCAGGGAGGGAACCGCCAGAAGGCCCUCAGAGCUGGACCUCAGUGUCUGGAAGCUGCCCAGAGUGGCUGGGGAGACCCAGCCAGAUGGGCAGGGUACUAAUAAUAAGAAUAACAAUAAUAAUAUGUUCGUAAAGCAACAGGGAGGCUGCUUCUGUUUCUUUGGUUAUUGAAGCGGGGUAGAAAUGAUUGCCCUGAAACUGAAUAAACCAGCAACAAAAGAGCAUCAUUCUGGAAGAAGACAUGGGGGGGGGGUCCUUGCAAGGGCUGCUCCUCUCUUCCACUGCCUUGGGAGGGGCUGCUGGGCAGAGGCUGUACAGCUGGCAUCCCGCCCCUCCCGUUGCCCCUCCCUGUGGGAAUCCUGGGGUGCCCCCUGGACCAGGAGCAGGCACAGAGAGGGGGGAACCGAGAUUCCGUCCCUGGCUUGGCCUCAGUGUUAGAGGAAGCUGGGAGGGGAGAGCAGGCUGUAGUUCAGUGGUCUAGCCAGUGUUGGAAACUCGGGUGUAUAAGCUCGGGGCCAAAGGGCUCCUUAAACCGAGGCUGCAGGCACCAAAACUAAAUGUCCAGUUGCCAUUUGGGGGCCGGACAGCUCUGAAGUCUUAUUUUUCAAAUGAUGGACUGACUGUGAUUGAUUCUCAGUGAAACCUCUGGCUAGUUCAGAGGACAACCUUGAGCUGGGCUAAGAAUUUUGAAAACUUAAAGAAGAAAAUUAUAUAUAUAUAUAUAUAUAUAUAUAUAUACACACACACACACACACACACACACAUGUAUAUAUAUAUAUAUCUUAUUUUUCUUAAUGGUGACCAUUCAUAAUGUAGGCAGAUUCUUCACAUGUGUGAGCAGGGUGAGGGGGGAGUGAAGACAAGCGCCAGCAAUUCAUUAUAACAUUGUUCACUACUCCUGCCUCAGGCUGCCUAGAAAAAGCAUUUUCGUUACAGAAGUUCAUUCUUAGUGUGUGAAAACAGUCCCGAUCCAAGGAUCCCCAGGUGGCGGAGAUCUUGGGCCCCAUCCUGGCUCACGGGCAUCUUCACUUGGUCGCAAGUGGCCAAUAGCCAGGUGCAAAAUGUGCCAGGCGGAUUUCGAACCCUGGGCAGAGCAUCUUCGGUGGAGCUCCUGCAGGAUGGGCUCUCGGUCCUGUUGGCCCAAUUCUGUGGCUCUGCCCCCCAGCUGAGACCCAGCAGUCCCCCCCCCCCUGUUGAACCAGGCACUCAGUGGAUGCUUUUCAGAUGUCUAGUUAAUUUAAACGGAUUAUAUAUUUUUUUUAAAUAGUAUUUAUUAAGAUUUUAAGUUUACAAAAAGACAAAAGAAAACAGAAAGUAAAAAAAAACACCAGAUUAGACAAUAGUAAAACAACACAUCACAAUAAAAAACAAGGAAAUAAGAACACUUAAAAACAACAUACAAAAAAAAAGAAGACGACAAAUCGAGCCUUCCCAUAACUUAUCUUUCAUAUGCUUGUUUCCCUGACCUCCUCACACCUCCCUUUUUUGUAUUCUAAGUCAAUUAUCCAUUUCAGCAAAUCCUUUCCCUCUCUUCAAAAUUCUUAUCCUGAAAAUUUAUCUUGAUCUUACUAUAAGUUUACUUUCCCUCUUUUCACCAAUUAACAGUCUAUUUUUCUUAAAUCUUUGAUACAUUUUUGCUAAAAUCACAUAGAUUCAUUCCAACAUCAUUCUAACAUUCAUUAAUUUUACAAUGUUUCUGUAAAUAGUCUUUAAAUUUCUUCCAAUCUUCCUCCACCGACUCUUCUCCCUGGUCUCGGAUUCUGCCAGUCAUUUCCGCCAGUUCCAUAUAGUCCAUCACCUUCAUCUGCCAUUCUUCCAGAGUGGGUAGAUCUUGUGUCUUCCAAUACUUUGCAAUAAGUAUUCUUGCUGCUGUUGUGGCAUACAUAAAGAAAGUUCUGUCCCUCUUUGGCACCAAUUGGCCAACCAUGCCCAGGAGAAAGGCCUCUGGUUUCUUCAGAAAGGUAUAUUUAAAUACCUUUUUCAUUUCAUUAUAGAUCAUCUCCCAGAAAGCCUUAAUCCUUGGGCAUGUCCACCAAAGGUGAAAGAAUGUACCUUCCGUCUCUUUACAUUUCCAGCAUUUAUUAUCGGGCAAAUGAUAGAUUUUCGCAAGCUUGACUGGUGUCAUGUACCACCUGUAUAUCAUUUUCAUUAUAUUCUCUCUUAAGGCAUUACAUGCCGUGAACUUCAUACCUGUGGUCCAUAACUGUUCCCAGUCAGCCAUCAUAAUGUUAUGUCCAACAUCUUGUGCCCAUUUAAUCAUAACAGAUUUCACCGUUUCAUCCUGAGUGUUCCAUUUCAACAGCAAAUUAUACAUUCUUGACAAAUUCUUAGUUUUGGGGUCUAACAGUUCUGUUUCCAAUUUUGAUUUUUCCACCUGGAAGCCAAUUUUUUUAUCCAAAUUAUAUGCCUCCAUUAUCUGAUAAUAAUGAAGCCAAUCUCGCACUCUGUUUUUUAAUUUUUCAAAACUCUGCAAUUUUAUUCUGUCUCCCUCUUGUUCCAAAAUUUCCCAAUACUUCGGCCAUUUAGCCUCCAUAUUGAGCUUUUUCUGAGCCUUCGCUUCCAUUGGUGACAGCCAUCUUGGGGUUUUAUUCUCAAGCAAAUCCUUAUAUCUUAUCCAAACAUUAAGCAGUGCUUUUCUGACAAUAUGGUUUUUAAACGCUUUAUGUGCUUUGACCUUAUCAUACCAUAGAUAUGCAUGCCACCCAAAGACAUUAUUAAAACCUUCUAAAUCCAACACAUCAUUGUUUUCAAGAAGCAUCCAUUCUCUCAGCCAGCAAAAAGUGGCUGAUUCAUAAUAAAGUUUUAAGUCUGGCAGGGCAAAUCCACCUCUUUCCUUAGCAUCAGUUAAUAUCUUUAAUUUUAUUCGGGGUUUCUUGCCCUGCCAGACAAAUCUAGAGAUAUCUCUCUGCCACUUCUUGAAACACUCCAUUUUGUCUAGUAUUUGCAAUGUUUGAAACAAAAACAGCAUCCUUGGCAAUACAUUCAUCUUUAUCACAGCAAUUCGGCCUAGCAAUGAUAACUUCAAAUUUGACCAUAUUUCUAGAUCCUUUUUCACUUCCAUCCAACAUUUUUCAUAGUUAUCCUUAAACAGAUUCACAUUUUUAGCGGUCAUGUUAACCCCUAGGUAUUUCACUUUCUUAACCAAUGUUAAUCCUGUCUCCUUCUGAAACCUUUCUCUCUCCAUCACUGUUAAAUUUUUCUCUAAAACUUUAGUUUUCAUCUUAUCAACUUAAAUCCCACUACUUGUCCAAAUUCUUGGAUCAGUUCCAGUACUCUUUUGGUACUAGAUUCUGGCUCCUGUAAUGUCAAUACCAGAUCAUCAGCAAAUGCUUUCAGUUUGUACUGUUUUGCUCCCACUUGUAUACCUUUAACUGUUUGGUCCCUCCUAAUCAUAUUUAAAAGAACUUCCAGGACCGAUAUAAAAAGCAAUGGAGAGAUUGGGCAACCUUGUCGUGUUCCUUUCUCUAUCUUAAAUUCUUCCGUCACUACAUUGUUCACAAUUAAUUUAGCCUUUUGUUCUGAAUAAAUUGCACCUAUACCAUUUUCAAAACCUUGACCAACCCCCAUCCCCUGUAGGUUUUUCUUCAUAAAACUCCAAGAAAUAUUGUCAAAGGCUUUCUCCGCGUCCACAAAUAUCAAAACUGCUUUAGUAUUUGUCAAGGCUGACAGUAUUGAUAUUCACUUGUAACUUUUCUAAAAUAUUAAUUAUAUUCCUCGUGUUGUCAGACAAGUGUCUGCCCAGGAGAAAGCCAGCUUGGUCUUUAUGGAUUUCUUCUACUAGUACCUUUUUUAGUCUUUUAGCCAAAAUAUCUGCAAAAAUUUUAUAAUCCACAUUAAGCAAAGAUAUGGGGCGGUAAUUCUUAAGCUGUGUCUUCUCAGACUCUACUUUCGGUAUAAGUGUGAUGUAGGCUUCCUUCCAUGACUCUGGCGCCCUUUUCCCUUCCAAUAUUCCAUUACAGACUUCUUUUAAUGGCUGUAUUAUCCAUUCUUUCAGGGAUCUAUAGUAUCUUGAAGUCAGUCCGUCCGGGCCUGGAGAUUUACCCAAUUGCAUAUUCUGGAUGGCCCCUUCUAUCUCUUGCUCCAUUAUUUUGUAGUUCAACAUUAGCUUAUUUUCUUGAGAGAUUUUUUGUAAUCCAUUUGUUUUCAAAAAACAAUCAAUGUCCAUUUGUUUCUGAGUUUCCUGUAUAUAUAGUUGUUUAAAAUACCUCUGAAAGCACUUUCUAAUCUCCACUGGAUUCUGUAUAUUUUUCCCUUCUACUUCCAAAUUUGUGAUAGUGUUAAGUUUUUGUCUUUUUUUCAUUUGCCAAGCCAGCAGUUUUCCACAUUUAUUUGCCGAUUCAAAUGUCUUUUGUCUCAUCUGUUUAAUUUUCCAUUCUAUUUCCUGGUUCAUCAUUUUCAUAUAUUGUACUUGGUAUAACUUUAUCUCUUUCAAAAUCUCCUGCAACUUUGGUUUCACUCUCAGUUUCUUCUCUCCUUCCUUUAUUUUCUCCAGUAUUUUAUCUUUUUUCUCAUUUUGGACUCUCUUUUGAAUCGCAUUCUGUUGUAUCAAAAACCCUCUCAUAACCACUUUGCUUGCGUCCCAGAUUACUCUUUUUUCUACAGUGGUGUUCAUAUUUAUCUCAAAAUAGUCUCUCAGAGUUUUUGGGGCCUUCUUAGUCACUUCUUCGUUCCUAAACAAUGUGUCAUUCAUCCUCCAUCUGAAGGAACCAGUUGGUGUUAGUUUCAGUUCCAUCUUUACAGCAUUAUGGUCGGAGCAAGUUUUCGGGCAGAUUUCCACCUUUCUAGUUUUUGGAGCCAGUCCUCUAGUUACCCAAAUUUGGUCAAUUCUUGUCCAUGUCAUUUUGGCCUCAGAGAAGAAGGUUCCUCUCUUCCCAAAGGGUUUUAAUUCUCCAAAUGUCAGCUAAGUCCAUAUUGUCAGUCAUAUCAAAGAAAGUCUUUGGCAAUCUGCCAUCCUUAGUAACUACCUGUCUCUGUGCUUUAUCCAUAUUUGUAGACACUACACCAUUCAUAUCUCCCAUCAAGAUCAUAUUAUAAUCCAUAUAGUCCAUCAGAGUCUCAUGUAGCUUCUUAAAGAAUUCCGAUUUUCCCUCGUUUGGUGCAUAAAUACCUAAUAUCAAAAACUUCUCUCCUUGCGAUUGGAUUUCAAUUGCUACAAAUCUUCCUUGAUCAUCUUUAAAAAGAAAUUUUGGUGAUAGGCUCUCCUUUGCAUAUAGUACUACUCCUCUUUUUUUUACUUUGUCUGAUGAAAUAAAUUCUUGUCCCAAUCUUUUAUUUACCAGUAAUUUCCUAUGUAGCCUUAUCACAUGUGUUUCUUGUAAGCAAAUCAAGUCCAAUUGUUCCUUUUUUAAUACAUGAAAGAUUCUUCGUCUCCUCUCGGGGGAGUUCAUCCCAUUAAUAUUCCAGCUUAGUAUUUGCAGUGCCAUAAUGUAAUUACUUUAAGUCACCUCCAACUGCACCCAGUGCUUCUUCUUGUUCUGACGGUGGUGCUGGUAUCCCUUUCGCUGGGAAGUCCAAUCCAAAAUUUAACUUUGCUAAGUCCAGUAUAGGUGAUCUUUUGUCCAGUACUCCUUGCUCUAGUACUCUGUCUGGUGAUCUUCUGUCCGGUACUCCUGGUUCUUUUCCAAGUCCCUUCUGUAGGUCCUCUUCAUGGGUACUCAAAAAUUUGUCUUUAUCUUCAACUGAUCUUAUUUUUAUUUUUCUUCCUUUAAAACUGAAAGAUAGGCCUUGAGGAAAUUCCCACCUAAAGAUGAUACUGUUCCUUCUCAGCAGAGCAACCAAAUCUCCGUAAUUGGCCCUAAGGUCCAAAAGAUAUUUCGGGAUAUCUUUAAAUAUUUCCACUCUUGACUGCAAUAUUCCCAAGGGCUUCUGAAAGUGCCAGCCCAAAAUUUUAUCUCUCUCCUCUUUGGAUCGAAGGGUAGGGGAGACACCUUGAUCAUUUAAACGGAUUAUAACUCUUUUGCAACUUUGCUUAGAAACGGUAGCAUUUUCCAUAGAAACAACGGCCUAUAAAUUGUAUCAAAAAGCUCUGCGUGGAGAAGGACCCCUGUUCCGUCCCUGCCAGCAUCUUCAGGGAGAGCUAAGAAAGACCAAACCCAAAGCGCUGCUGCUGCCCGUCAGUGUUGACAGUUCUGAGCUAGCUGGGCCCUGGUCCUCCGUCUCCGCUUCUCCCUCGCCUGUCCUGCGUUCUUCCCGGUCUGACCGCUGGAGUCUCUUGCCGGCCCCUAAUGAUGGGUUGUGCGGCUGGCUGGGUUGCAUCUGCCACACCGGUCUGGUUUUGAAGUCCAGCUUGUGGGGCCGGAGGUGGGGCGGUUUGUGGGAGGGAGGGGAAGGGCCGGCGGCCUUUGUGAGAGGGAAGCCAGCCAGCCCAGGCCUGCAAAGAUGUGCCGGUCAGCUGGUUUUCCGCAGAAGAGGAGAGUCAGUGGCUGGUCCUGAAUGGAGGACGGCGCUGUCAAGUGCUGGUCCUGAUCCGUAGAACUGGGAAGGGUUCAGAGCAAAAUGGUCCAGGGGAUGGAGCGACGCCCCUGUGAGGAAGGCCUGCAACAAACUUUCUAGUUGAGAGAAAAGGAGGCAAUGGGAUAGACGUUUAUAAAGCUUUUCUUCCUCUCUUGUAACACUAGAAUUCAUGGGCAUCCCAUGCAGUGUUAGACAUCUGCCUGGCGCGUUUUGCUGCUGGCGCUGGUCCAGGUGCAAAUUCCUGGAGAUUUCUGGGCAUCAGGUUGGUGACCGCCGUUUAAAAACCUCUGCCUUAGUCCAUAGCUAAUGCCAUUUCCAUUCCCACUGGGUGUCUUUCUCCGUCUUGCCUCCUGGGACAAGGAGACUGUUGGAGGAGCAAGCGGCAGUCAGGCAACGUAGCUGAGAGCAUAGGACAAUGGGAUGAUAGAAGGGACCCCAAGGAUCAUCCAGUCCAGCCCCCUGGAGAAUAGACAUCCCGUUGUGGCGACUGCAACCGAGGUUCAAGGUGCCCUUUGGCGCUGAGCUUGUAUAUCGGAGUUUCUAACACUGCAUGAGGUUGAAGGCUGGAAGAUUCAGGAAAGGUACAAGAAAGACCUUCGUACAGUGCUGAGUUGAACUGUGGAACUCCCUGCCACAGGAGGCAGUCAUGACCACCAACCUGGUUGGGUUUCAAAGAGGGUUAGGCAAAUUGGGGGGCAGAGGGCCCAUUGCCAGUCCUUGGAGCAAAGAGUUGGGCCAAGUCUGGCACAUCCUUCCCCUAAUGAUGAUGCAAAUCCCCAUUUGUGAAGCAAAAGGCACUCUGCACAUGGGCAGAGGUAGGCCUGCUUCCAUCACUUCUGUGGGCCCUUCCAACUUGAGCUGGAAGGCAAGUUUGAAGACCUGUCUCUGGCGUCCCACUCGUGGCCGAGGGUUGUGGGGUUUCCCCAGUGAGUAACAAGCGCACCAGAAGAGCUUGGCUGGUGCUGGAUGAGGCCAGAGGAGGCCCAGCUGGGCCAGCACCCUUUUCUCCAGGUCGCCAGCCAGAUGCAUGUGGGGAACCAGCAAGUGGGAUCUGAGCCCAAGAGCUCUCUCCCCUCCUGGGGUCUCCAGAAAGGGGGGUUCAGGAGCGGCAUGGAGAGCCCCCCUCCUCCUCCAUGAAUUUGUCCCAUCCUCUUUCCAGCCCACAAGUUUUGCAUAUCACUCAUUUCCUGACAUGACGCAUCUUUGUUGGGUUCAGAGUUUCCGCCUCUUCUUGAUUCAGAGCUGAAAGGGGGGGGGGGCCUUUUGUCAGCCUGAGGCCUCAUUCCCUGAUGGCCAACCCAAGGCCCGGGGGCCGGAUGCGGCCCAAUCGCCUUCUCAAUCUGGCCCGCGGAUGGUCCAGGAAUCAGCGUGUUUUUACAUGAGUAGAAUGUGUCCUUUUCUUUAAAAUCCAUCUCUGGGUUAUUUGUGGGGCUGAGGAAUUCAUUCAUUGUUAUUUUUCAAAAUAUAGUUCACUCCUCCACAAGGUCUGAGGGACAGUGGACCAGCCCCCUGCUGAAAAAGUUUGCUGAUCCCUGAUCUAAGCUUUAAUUUUCUGUAAAGGUUUUCUUUUAAUAGUUCCUAUGGGUAAAGAUAUGGGGAGGCAAACUAAGGUCCGUGGGCCAGAUCCGGCCCAAUCGCCUUCUCAAUCUGGCCCUAUAUUUCUCCCAAAAUAUAGUCCAGCCCCCCACAAGGUCUGGAAAAGGUUGCUGACCCCUGGCCAAGGUUAUGGGGCCAAAUGUAAGGGGUGUGGCCGGAGCCACUAGUGGGCAGAGACCCCCCAAAAAACACAUGCAUCCACAGGCAGGCAUACAAAUAGUUGCAAAGAGCAGGCAUUCAGACACAUUUUGUGUCUCUGCCUCACCCGUUCAUUCUUGCCACCCCUGUGCCUUUGAGCUGCCAUACCUGCUCUGCCUGGGCUUGGACCACGUGACCUCUUGGAUCCCUUCCAACUCUUCCGUUCUGUGAUUCUAUGAACCUAAUGGCGGCACAGGGACAUUUUGGGCACUGGGGGUAUCGCAUCGCUUGGGGAGGUUUAGCCUUUCCUUCCGCAGCUGCGACCCCCCUCCCCAAACAACAGGCCCCCACUUGGAAAACCUCCUAGUGGCUCCCAGGGUUUUUUCAGGUCUAAUUCUGGCACCGGUGGAGGGGAGGAAUGCCGGCGCUCAAUGGGCCGGAUCCAGCCUCCAGAUCAGGAACAGGGUUAUUUAUUGCCGCUAAUCAAAUUUAUCUAGCCACCCAUCAAUAAAUAUUCCCGGAGCGGUUUGCAAGCAUAACGGCGUUAAUUAAAAAUACAAUAUAUAAUUAAUCUUGCCGAAUAAUUAUCUGGUCCAACCCCUCGCCUGGUGCAGGACGUCCUGUCCUCGGAUCGAAAGUCUGGCAAGACCGUCGAGGUAGAUAUCCCUCCGAAAUCUGGAAGGAAAGACUCCCCGUGUACACUUCCGCCCCACGGAAAGUCCUCCUUCCCUCUCUGCGGAAUCCUGAGCUGAAUGUUCUGCAAACUGCCCUUGCCAGGUGCAAAACAUUUUGCCGCCAGCCACCUGUGCGCAGCUUAGCAGUUCUUCCAUCUUGCCCCAAAGGCGCUUGGGAGAGAUUGGCUGCAAGUGUUUCUGUGCCACCGCUGGAAGCCUCUGACUCAAGAGGGGCAAAGUGGAGCACUUAGUCUUAGAGGACGGCUUUGGUGCAGUGAAUAUCUCGGAAACCUGGCGGUUAUCUCUGGCUGAGAACUCUAGGAAGGACAGAGAGCGGCAUAUCGGAGGUGGUGUCGCUCUGGACGUCAGACACAGCACUGAGUCCAGCAAGCUAGAAUUCCCCAAAGGGGCAGAUUCGUUGUGGGUGGUGGAAUUGACCAGGAGGGCACCCCUAGACUGAACCUUGAGUGGCACCCAAAACCUGGCACGAGAUGGCACAGUUGCCCAACCACUUGGGAGCAGCAGCCACCGUGCUAUUAAGUUAAAUAUGCAUUUAACUGGCCAAUUGCCCAGAAAAUUCAACACAGUUCCAUUUGACUUCCAAAGAGGAAACUUCGUCACAAUGAGGCUAUUGGUCAGCGAUGGGAGUUUUAGUUCAACCCCCUACGGAGGGCAUCACGUUGGCAACCUUAGUAAAGGCCUGGUAGUGAGGCAGUGAUAUGGUUGAAGCUCUUUUGGCUUCUUUUAUGCAAGUUAGGACUGGGCAAUAUCUCAAUAGAUCAUCGAAAACCGCAUUCAAGUCCAUAUCGUGAUUUUGGUUUCAUAAUUUUUGACCUGGCAAUAUAUUGCAAAUCAUGAUGUGUGUGCGCCCUAUGCCAAAAUUACAAUGGGAGGGAAACCGUGGCGCCUGCCACUGCCUCUCCCUAACUCCACCCCUAUUUCAGACAUUGCGAUACAUAUAUUGGUAUAGCGUGAUGUAUGGCUCAUGGUGUAUCACGAUGUGGAACACCAGACAUUGCCCAGCCCUAAUGCAGGUCUGUAGGAGCGGCCUUCUGGGAAUUUGCUGGUGUGUGGAGGUGGAAAUGUUCUAAAGUGCAUCCUUUGACAUGCAUAAUGUAUUUUGUCCUCAUUUUGCAUUUUUCUGUUGUGAACCCUGGGAUCGUAGGGUGAAGGGCAGCAUGCAAACUUUUAUCAUCAUCAUCAUUGAUAAUGUGGCAAGGAAGUAGAAAGGCAAAGAAUGGAGGAUUAAAUCUCUCCAAAAUGAUCAGGAGUUGGAGAAGUCAUUGGAGACCCGAAGGCUUCUUUUGAAAAAUGCAAGUUCUGUCUGAAUGAAGAGAACGAAAAGGAGCACAAACUUUGGCCAAAGAAGAAAGUUAAAGUAGAUAGUAAAGGAUGCUAAAAAAUAAAAAGGCUUUGAAGAGCACAUUGGUAAAAUCAUUGAGAUCAACGGCCAGAAGUGGCCAGAAGUGGUUUAAAUACAUUUGUUGCAGGAGACCAUCUAGGCUAGGAAGGGGUUAACCCUUGGGUGACCAGGGGGUCAAAAAUGUGCUAAAGGAAGACAAGGAGAUUGUGGAGAAACAGAAUGACUUCUGCAAGCCAAUGCCUGGAGGAGUGGGGUGAGAGCUGCACUCUGUGCAUGCUCCGAAGCCUCGCCCAUUUAUUUCUCGGGCUUUGUUUGCUCCGGUGUUUUGAAAUCUGGUUCCGUGGCUGAGCUCUGGCAAUGUCUGAUUCAGAGGGGUCCUUCCACAUGUCCUUGGAGACACCUUUUCAUCUUCUGACCUCCAAGGACCAGGCAAAAACAAACGGGAGCUGUGGGUCCUGAUUAGGAGAGGGCAGAAUUCAGUUAAACAUUAGGAGAGAUUAAGGGAGCCAGUGCUGACUGACUCCAGAGAUCCAGGACAACAUUGGCCUUAUCCGGCCCAGAUAAGAAGUGGAACAGUGGGGAGAAAGGCACCUCCUGGCUCCUUGAAGGGGGCCCUGGAGACCCCUAGCCAGGGGAAGGGGCAGCUCCUGCAGAUGGGGCUCUCUGGGGCCAGGCUGGACCAGGUGCCAUCACCUCCUGGAAUGGACUUGUGGGUCUGUGCCCCCUUUCUUUUUUCCAUAGGGUGGGACGUUUUUGGGGUGCAGCACUUUGCUGCGUUUCUGUGUGGCCAGAUGUUAGGGGUGUCAGGGGAGGGGCAGCACUGUUGGCUAUUUGCAGUAUAGUAGCGCUGCAGAGAGCUUGCUGGGGAGACCAGGCAUAACCAGGAACUCAAAAUAACUUUUUAACAAGGUUUUAAUAACAAACAAAAAAACUCCUUUUACACUAAAGAUAACAACAAACCAGACCCAACCAACCAACCACCAACCCCCCCCCCCCCCCAGGGUAAUGGGAGAGCUAGGUGCUGCUCCUUAUAUACUAGACCCAAUUGCUGACACAGCUUGAUGAACACAAUUCAGCAGCACCUGCCAUGUUUCACAGCUGCAAGACUGGGUCUCGUUAUUUGCCCUUAAAGACAUACACAACUUGUGAAACAAUAAUGAACCUUCACAUUUUACAGUGACCAUUCAACAAGCACAUGUGGUGGGGGCACGUCCUGCUCCUUUGGGGUUGUUCGCCCACCUUGGCUUCCCUGUGCUCAGUUCUUACCUGUGGCUCCUAGAAGCUGCCAGCAGGAGACAGAGGCCACAAUCCCGGGGAGGGGAGCCAAGGGGUCUUGAACCCUCAAUGAGUGAUUUGCGGGGGCUGCACUAGAUGACCCUCGGGGUCCCCUCCAGCUCUAUAUUUCUGUGGUUCUGUGACAUUUGGGGAGGGAGUCAUAAUGAUGUAUAGUUUGCUCUAGGGGGCUUAAUUUGGUCAGAAUUGAGUCCACACUUCCAGAGUUAACACUAAAUGCUGUAUUUUUCGCUCCAUAAGACGCACCUAGUUUUUAGAGGAGGAAAACAAGAAAAAAAAUAUUCUGAAUGAAACGGUGGAUGUAUGAUUUUUGUGGUUCAUGCUGUGGCCACAGACAUGCUAUGUGAUCUGAUGGUGAAUUUGGGGUGACCCAAUGCAAAAAUCCUGAGGAUCCAUGUGCCUUUCCCUCCCCCCUCCCAGGCAGCCUCCUUUAUCUCUAGAGUCCCUUAUCUCCCUCCCAAUCGCUUGCCAACCAGCUGCUCAGCCGCUUUGUUUCAACACCCCCUUCCCUCUUUCUAAAAAAAAUAGCACGAUCUGCUUUUUGCCGCUGGGCAAUUCGGCUCCAGGGACCACGCAUUCGCUCCAUAAGACGCACAGACAUUUCCCCUUACUUUUUAGGAGGAAAAAAGUGUGUCUUACGGAGUGAAAAAUACGGUAUGUUAGCGGCCACCAGAGCCGCUAGAGGGCCAUGAAAUCUUGUGCCCUGGGCUUUUUAGACUUGCCUCCCCAUCUAUUCUCUGAAAACCAAGGGGCAAAUUGGUUGCCAGCUGUGAAGUUUCUUCCAGCUCUCCUACCCCACGGAACUUCUUCUUUGGCGAUCAUCCGUCCGAUACCUGCUUGAUUUCCCCUGCCAGGGAGGACUUAAAAUCCUUCCUAAACUCAGACCUGGACGCAGACACCCUUGCCUUUGUCACGCCAAGGUUAGACUACCUCUGUGCUCUCUCUGUGGGGCUGCCCUUGGAGACGGUCCAGGAGCUCCUGUCAGGUCAGAUUGUGGCAGGUGAGGUGCCUGGCCAUCUCACCUGAGGCUCCUUGUGGUCCCUCGCUUGUUUACCAGCUCAUUUUGGGUGCUGGCAUUCUCAUUUCCUGCUUGUUCAUUUAUACACUGCCUAAUGCCUGGAUGGGACGCUGGUGGCGCUGUGGGACGUGGGUGGCGCUGUGGGUUAAAUCCCAGAGCCUAGGACAUGCCGAGCAGAAGGUUGGCGGUUCGAAUCCCCGCGACGGGGUGAGCUCCCGUUGCUCGGUCCCUGCUCCUGCCCACCUAGCAGUUCAAAAGCAUGUCAAAGUGCAAGUAGAUAAAUAGGUACCGCUCCGGCGGGAAGGUAAACAGCGUUUCCGUGCGCUGCUCUGGCUCGCCAGAAGCGGCUUAGUCAUGCUGGCCACAUGACCCAGAAGCUGUACGCCAGCUCCCUCGGCCAGUAAAGCAAGAUGAGCGUCGCAACCCCAGAGUCGGCCACGACUGGACCUAAUGGUCAGGGGUCCCUUUACCUUUACCUAAUGCCUGGACGGCUUCUAUUGACCUUUGAGGCCCCCAAUGGCCUGGGAUUCCUGCACUGCAGGCGGCUGGACUUUGGGGUCUCUUCCAGCUCUACAGCCCCAUGAUUCUGUGAUCUGCCCUACAGACUUGCUCAAGGUUUAAGAUCUGCCUCCCAUUCAUAGAAUUGCAGAGUUGGGAGGGAGCCCAAGGCAAGAAGAGCUGUUUGACAGCAGAGGUUUUUAAGCAGAGGCCAUCGGUCAUGGAUGCUGGAGCUGAGAUUCCUGCAUUGCGGGGGGGGGGGGGGGUUGGAUUAGAUGGCCCUCGGGAACCCUUCCAUGAUUCUAUGCAGCCCCAACAGAGUUUGUUCCACUGGUCUUUGAGACGCAGCUUUGAGUUUUCUGAUCAGGCCUCCUGACUGUGUGGCUUUGUUUUGCUGUUCUGCCUUCUUUGCAUAGCUUUGCAUGCGUUCAAAUUACAAGCAGGAAAAGAGUUGUAUGUGCUGGAUCAGGCCAGAGCCCCUCUAGCCCAGCCUCCUGUUCUCACAGCGGUUGACCAGAUGCUGGGGGGGGGGACCUGCAAGCGGGGCUGGAGCCCCAGAGCCCUCUGCCUUCCUGGGGCUUCCAGAAACGGGGAUUCAGAAGCACGUCUGGGGAGGGCAGAGUCCAGCCACCCUGGUUUCCAAUAGCCCUUUCCUCCUGCACAAAGUCGCCCUGUCCUCUUUGGAAGCUGCCCAAGUUGGUGGCCCUCCCCGCCUCCUGUGGCAGUGAGUUCCAUAGGUCCACUUGUAUAUUUCACAAUUUGCUGCACCAAUGCAUUACUUGAGGGGAAGCAGAGAAGAGGACGCGCUUGUCCUUUGUGCCACGGGCAGCGUUGUGACUCUGUGCGAUGCCAUGCGCGCUCUGAGUGCCUGUUUGCGUGCAUUCCCCUCUGGAAGCCGCCUGGGCCUGGUUGGGGGGCUCAGUGUGGGGCCAGGCGUCCUGGACAUUUGGGCAACCAGCCACGGCACUUGGGGGCCGCCCGACUCUCUCCUUGCUUGGACAGGUUCAGAGGCGGCUCCCAACCCCUCUUGCAACCCGCGUCCCCAGGAGGGGUGUCCCUGGGGGUGAGAGGGAUGGGGGGCAGCAGCACCCACAAAGAGGGGGCUCACCCCCUUCCUGGAUGUGUUCUUUUCCAGUAUCCUGUUCGCUGGCCGAGUUUGGGAUGGCAAGGCCUCCUCUUCACUGCCUUUCCUGAGGACUAG